UUAUUGUAAAUUACGAGUCACUUUCUCCCUUUCUUGUCGCUCUCUUUUCUCUUCUCUCUCUCUCUAAUCCGUACGAGUAUGGACGGUGUUGUUGCCGGCGGAGGAGCGAAUAGCGGCGAGUCUGCGCCGCCGCGGAAUCCUCAUCCAGCGACGUUGCUUAGUGCUAACGCUUUACCACCUCCUUUCCUUAGUAAGACGUAUGACAUGGUGGAAGAUCCGGCGACGGACGCGAUUGUUUCAUGGAGUCCGACGAACAAUAGCUUCAUCAUUUGGGAUCAAUCGGAGUUUUCUCGUUAUCUUCUACCUAAACACUUCAAACACAAUAAUCUCUCCAGCUUUAUUCGCCAGUUGAACACCUAUGGUUUUAGAAAAGUGGAUUCAGAACGGUAUGAAUUUGCGAAUAAAGAUUUCUUAAGAGGUCAAAAGCAUCUAUUGAAGAAGAUAAGCAGGAAAAGAUCUGCUCAGGGUGGUCAUGGUGGUGGUACUAGUGAUACUCAAACUCAGCAGUUGUCUCAGGGUCAAGGUUCACUGGCUGCGUUAUCUUCAUGUGUAGAGGUUGGGAGGUUUGGGUUAGAGGAAGAGGUUGAACAGCUUAAAAGAGACAAAAACGUUUUGAUGCAGGAACUUGUUAAGCUAAGGCAGCAGCAACAAACGACAGAUAAUAAACUUCAGGUUAUGGUUAAACGUCUUCAGGUUAUGGAGCUGAGGCAACAACAGAUCAUGUCUUUCCUUGCUAAAGCUGUUCAGAACCCCACUUUCCUCUCUCAGUUUAUACAAAAGCAGGCUGAUAGUAACAAUAUGCAUGUGACCGAGGCUAAUAAGAAGCGGAGACUCAGAGAAGAUACUACUGAGAAUCAGAGCCAUAGCCAUAGCUCGGCUGCAUCAGAUGGACAUGGACAGAUUGUUAAGUACCAGCCUCUAAGAAGCGAUUCAAUGAUGUGGAACAUGAUGAAAACAGAUGAUGAGUACCCGUUUCUUGAUGGGUUCUCAUCGCCAAACCGGGUAUCAGGAGUCACUCUUCAAGAGGUACUGCCCACAACUUCACAAGCAUAUGCACCCGCAGCAUCAGGGCAGCAUUUGUCGUAUUUACCCUCUACAUCAACUCCCGUACCUGAUACCGUAAUGCCACAAUUGACAAGAGAGAGCAUCAACGACUUCCCUACAGAAAACUACAUGGAUACAGAGAAUAUUGUCUCAGAGCCAUUCAUCUCUCCAAGCCCGUUCGUUGACGGAAUAGAAGACCCCGACAUUGAUGAACUGAUGGAUAACUGUGAAUUACUUGAAGAAUGUCUGGCAGAAAUCCCAGUUCUUGGAGAUGAAACAGCUACACUUAAGAACAGCAACGACACAAAUGGUAGACAUAUGGAUAAGUUUAUAGAAGAGUUAGGUCUUGUCACAUCAAAGACAGAGCAAUUGUAAAGGAUUAUGUUUAGUAUCAAAUGUAAAGUCUUUCUCUACUAACAUUAUAGUUAGGAGUUGAGACAAAAAGUUUUUUCAAGUCUCUUUUGUAUAAAAAAUAAGUUGCAAAUUUGUUCAGAAACCUUUCCUUGGAUAAUAGAAGAGUUAUGUAUUUAUUUUA